UCCGCUUUGAUCUCGAUAAGGCUUCAACUGUCGGCAGGACUUCAACUGUUGAGUCAUGUCAUUGACCGCGCCAGAAUGCCUCACGCUGUAGUCCCAAGGAGGUCAGGUCUCGCUGGCACGCGACUUGCUAUCAAUCCUCGGAAGAGCUUUGCAGAUCAACUGAGCGAGCAUCCUACCACACUACCGGCAUGGGCCGAGCAGCUCACCGACACCCCUCCCCGGUCCGAGCAUCUGGUGGAGGAAGCCAGACAGGUUCCAGUAAAUGGUGUAUUCAACCACGAGGACUGGGAACUCCGAACGGAGACUGAGGCAGAGGAUGAUAGGCAUUCGAAGCAGGUGCACCACUACAGGACCCUUCUGAUUCGAGCGCAUUCCUCGUCAUCCGCGGAGCUUCAUGAGGUUCAUUCCCGCCUCCAUACACUGCAGCGGCACUACGAUGAGUUGAAAGCCCUACAUGAUCAAUGCGACAACAGCCGCAGUGCGGUGAAGAAUCUGUCCAGAGAGCAGCGAGUCCAACUUCUUGGCGAGAUAGUGGCCAGUUGUCAUCCUUCCGACGUGGAUGCGCAGAUUGCCUUGCUGCAGAAAUAUAAAAAGUCGACUGGGGAUAUUCUAGGUAGGCUGGGUGACAACGUAUCGGCACGCAUAUUAUCCUAUCUGGACCUUUCGGACAUCAUGCACAUCCGACUGGUCUCCAAACGGUAUCACGCUAUCACUCAAGUGCCCGCGCUUUGGCAGCGUAUGUGUCGGCAAAUAGGCCACACUGGAGCAGACGUGUGUGAAUCACACUUUCGGCGAUUGUGGGAGCGCGAGCUUCGUUGGCGGAGGGGCAAUCCCGUCGAGGUCACUUUGCUCGAGGGGCAUACGAGCUACGUGACAUCUAUCAUGAUUCGAGGCGAGACUAUCAUCAGCGGGUCUUAUGAUGGAACUAUUCGCAUCUGGAACUUUUUAGAGUCUCUACCUCCUACUAUCCUUCCUGGUAAACCUAUCUCGUGUUUGGACUACCACGAAGCCGAAGGCGUUCUCGUAACGGGAUCCCAUGAUGUCGGACGUAUUCAAAUCUGGAGAAACGGGGAGAUCUGGAGGACUCUUUCCGGACAUCUUCAUGGCAUCCGAGCCGUAGCUAUCAAUCACAGAUGGCUCGUAUCGGCAGGAGCGGACAAGGCGCUCGUCGUGUGGGAUUGGAGAACCGGAGAGAAGGUGACGAAGUUUGGCCAGCAGACAAACAUCUGCGCUGGUAUCCACCUCUUGGAGGAUUACAUCAUGGCAAUGACUGUUGAUGGCAUUAUUCGGACUUUUGGAAUCGUUGAAAGAGAGAUGCUUGGACAACACCGACUCACCGAUAUAGCUCCGGGGGUUUCUGAGAAUGUCAACUGGUUCGAAGGCCACGGGCGCUACAUGACGUGCGCGACACGCCAUCUGAUUAUUGAGCUCGAAUGGGAAGACGCCUCCUCUGGGUCUGAAAUGCCGCCCCGCCGUCAAGCUCUCACGUCACGACGCCCUCCCGAUACUCCCGUUAGGGCAUCAACCGCAAAAUCGACUCUGUCUCCGGUAUUGACAUCACCCUCUACUUUCAGUAGUCCCAGGAUGCCUGUCAAGCGGGCAAUUGGGCCGAGCCUUCCUGUGGUCAUGCGAGCACCGCGCCUCGUCAGGACGAUUGUGGCGACAGAUAUUGAGCGCGGAGCUGUGAACGGAGAGAAGAUCGUCACGUCGACAAGGUUCGCAGCUCGAGCUGGAGCAGAUCGUCAGUUUUACAUCUGUCCGGGCCCUGGCGAGUCAUUGAAUCCGAUGCGUGGCGCUUGGGCAGAAGUGGCGGAUCACCUGCAACUGCAGACGCCAGCAAAAAAUCCCACGAGCAUUGCUAUGGACAGGGACAGGAUCGCAUAUGGUUGUACAGAUGGUAGCGUGGUUGUUGUUAGCUUUGUAUAGAUAGACUGAUUGAUAACGACACUUUAUGACAUGACGUGGAUUAAUGAUGUAUGCAAAAAGUUGAUCGACCGGAGGUCC